UCAUAUCCAUCUUAGCAUUGUAAAAUAGUAAUUGGCUAAAAUGGGUGUCAAAGGUGAAAUAUUUGUCCUAAUCGUCUUCGCUUUAGUCGUAGAAGGCAUUACCUUCGCUGAAGCCCGAUCGAAAGAUAUUCCAAUAAGAAAUCCACCGGUUCAAAAUAUUCCUGUACGCUGCAUCACCAACACUGUGACAAAAGUUUCCUGCGAUAAUGUCACCGUUUCAGACAACCUUGUACCACACCCUGAUGACUGUCAGCUCUUCUAUUACUGCGUGACAGCUUACCUACCGCCCAUAUGUCGCCAGUGCCCUGCCGGAUUGCAUUUCAAUCCUCAAAAGCAUGUUUGCGAUCUACCUGAACAAGCUGGAUGCCAAUCUAAUUUUGCAAGCACUAGUGAACCCUCUAACGAACAAUUCGAAACCAGCACAGCAGAUUAUUAUGUCUAGGUCAUAGCUUUUGGAGAAUAUAAGAGUCCGAAUGACUACUGGUAUGAUUUG